CGCCUCACCGAGUUUCGAGACACGGAAAUUGCGCAGCGUAACUCCAAGUCACCUAUGGCGAGAUGGGAAAGGCUUCUACCGUGACACCUAACUCAUUUCCUCGACCGUAGAGAGAUAUGGGGGCAAUUAGCAGCGGAGUAAAGCCCACCGCAAAGCUCAAUCUCGAGGGGCCAUCGAAAGAUAUAAAAACCUACAGAAUGCCUCGAUAUCCGCACCAUCCUCAUCCAAGCAUCUCCACACCAGCCAACACCGCAACAACCUUCAUUUUCAAAUCAUUCCACCACCCCUCUUCUUGCCAUUCAUCAUGCAUACUCCCAGCUUCACCUCCCUAGCCAUGCUAGCCGUCGCCAUCUCCUCCGUCUUCGCCUCUCCCAUCGAAAAGGCAGCGGAGUUCGCCCUGGCGAUGGACACGCGCUCCGGGACGCCCGGCUCCCUCCUCAAGCGCACCGACUUCCACUGGCGCUUCUACGACACCGGCAACUGCGAUCAUGACGUCCAGCCCCCAGAUUCGUUCCCCGAGGGUGGAUCGCCGCCCGGCGAUGGCUCCAUCGGGGUCUGCUACAGCGCCCCCGAAGGCGUGCAGUGGAACAGGGUCGAGAUCGAUGCCUUCUUCGCGGAUGGCGGGGCGCUUGGGCUUCAGGGAUUCUGCAAUAGCGGUUGCGGCGGUGCAGCCUCGGUCAAGCAGCAGGGGACCAAUUGCUACUUGCCGACUUCUGGAUGCGCGCUGGGUAGUUUUAUGGUUAUCAACAACUAA